UUCCCUCCUUAGGCGGUUAAGUAAAUCUCCUAAUCAUAAAUAGAUGAAAAAAUACGCUGUUGAAUACAGAAUAUAGUAUCGCCAAUUAUUCACUGUUACACACUUGCAAAAGAAUGACUGUUAUAAAGUAUGGCAGCAGAUUUACCAAAGAGAGAUUUUUACUUUAUAUAGCUAUAAGUGUUUCAUUUGCAUUUAUUGCUAUAUCAAACGGUACAACUUCGUGGUUCAUAAAAGCUUGGACAAAGAAAGAUGUCUUUGGAGAUGAGUACCACGGCCUGUGGAAAAUAUGUUAUGAUAGACCAAACCGAGGUUUUGACUCAUCUUGCUUUGAGCGGGUUGGAGAUGCAUUUACAAACAUUGUUCGAUUUUUGCUGUGUUUAUCAUUUUUGUGUUAUGCGAUUAUACUUGGCUAUAUUAUUGCAAUGCAGUUCAGAGCUGAUCUGACAUUUAAUCCUGUUGGAGUGGUAUUAAUAACUGCAGCUUUGCUUGCUUUAAGUGGCUUGAUAUUGUUCCUUGCUUCUAAUGACAUUCCCAGGGUACAUUGGUUGUUUAUUAAUAAAUAUGGAUACUCUUUUGGUGUUGGUUGGGCAGGUAUGGCUAUUGCUAUGGUUUCUGGAAUUAUUUGUAUUUCCUUACCAAAAGUCCAAUAUUAAUUCUUUCAGAAUACUAUAAAAUAAUAAAGUACGUUUUUUAUUUUUUAAAUGCACAUUGGUAAGACUACCAUAUGUAAGUGUUGUAUAAAUGUAAAAAAGUUACCUACAUUUGAAUGAAAAAAAAAGUGUAUAAUUUUUUUUUUUUUUUUUGACAAGCUGUUUUAUACUAAAUUUUUUUUUGUAGGGGUACAAUUUUUUUUUUUUUAUGUAGGGUGCUAUUUUUGUAUUGUUCAUAAUAUCUCAUAUAUAAGUUUGGGUAUUACAUUUAAAUAAAUUUUUGAAUAUAUUUAAAUUCUUUAUAAGUGUGAUUUGUUUAAUAUUUAUUAUAUAUUUA